GCCCGGAUGGAACUGCCAUAGGGGGAAGUGCGCCGGGCUGCACAAUAACUGAGCAGGUCUGCUGAAGUAAAAAAAAAAAAAAAAAAAGAAAGAAAAACAGCAAGGGAUAUCACACAUUAAAUAAAAUUGUUUUAAAUAUAAUAAGUAUUAAAGUCCCUCCCACCCGGACGGGUUUCCUGUGAAGCGGACUGUUUUGAAAUCAAGUGGACCGGAGAAAGAAUUGUGGAACUUGGGGAUACGUGCUUGGGGGGGAAAAAAAAAAAAAGCUGGUGGAAAGAGAAGGAAACACACACGGGGCUCAAGAACACGGUGGCCGACACUCCACUCCAAUCCCGGGGCUUGCUUCAUGAAUUAUGUCCACCACCAGCGUUGACCCUCAGAGAUCAAAGGCACAGGCUUCGAAAGUGCAAAAUGGUUCACUUCAUCAGAAGGAAACGGUUCAUGACAGUGAUUUUGAACCAUACCUUACAGGCCAGUCCAAUCAGAGUAACAGCUAUCAAUCCAUGACUGACCCUUACCUGUCGAGUUACUACGCCCCAUCAAUUAGUUUUCCAUACCCUCUGAGUGAGGCACCAUGGUCCACUGGUGGAGACCCUCCCAUCCCUUACCUGACUCCUUAUGGACCUUUGAGCAAUGGAGACCACCAUUUUAUGCAUGAUACAGUUUUUGGACAGCCAGGGGGACUGGGUAGUAACAUCUACCCACACAGAUUUAACUUCUUCCCUGAGAACCCUGCAUUUUCCACCUGGGGUCCUAGUGGAUCCCAGGGCCAGCAGACUCAGAGCUCAGCGUAUGGCAGCAGCUAUAGCUACCCUCCCAGUUCUCUAGGGGGCACUCUGGUAGAUGGGCAGACAGGAUUUCACAAUGACACUUUAAACAAGGCCCCGGGAAUGAACAGCAUAGACCAAGGUAUGUUGGGGCUUAAGAUUGGGGGCGAUGUGACAAGCUCCGCCGUGAAGACAGUGGGCUCUGUUAUUGGUGGCUCUGUGGUGGGCAAUGGAAGUGCUACCAUCGGUAUGCCGCCAGCCAAGCCUGCGUCCUGGGCAGCCAUUGCUAGCAAACCAGCCAAGUCACAGCUCAAGACCAAGGUUAAGCCAGGGUCAGCACUGCCAGGAGGAGCUCUACCGCCACCCCCCAUCAAACACAACAUGGACAUCGGAACCUGGGACAAUAAGGGCCCUGUUAGCAAGGGGGCUCCACCAAUACAGCUGCCCCCUCACCCUCAGCAGCAACCCCUGCAGUCACCACAGUCACUGGCACAGCAACAGAUGCAAGUUGGUGCCAUGCCUCCCCCACUCCAGCCACCACUGCAGGCUUACCACAACCACAGUCAGGCCCCACCCCCUCAAACACGCUGGGUGGCUCCUCGCACCCGCAAUCUGGGGUAUGGUCAGGCCGGCAGCACUGACAGUAGUGCCUCCUCCAGUGGGAGCAAUGGAGGCCCUACCACUUGUGGGCUUGGUCCCGGUGGAGAUUCACACCCAGUCCUUGAGAAGCUCAGGGCCGCUCACAGUUACAACCCCAAGGACUUUGAUUGGAACAUAAAGGUGGGCCGUGUGUUCAUUAUCAAGAGCUAUUCAGAGGACGACAUCCAUCGCUCUAUCAAGUACUCCAUCUGGUGCAGUACGGAGCAUGGCAACAAGCGGCUGGAUGCUGCUUUUCGGGCCAUGAAUGGCAAAGGCCCGGUCUACCUACUUUUCAGUGUCAAUGGCAGCGGCCACUUCUGUGGUGUGGCUGAGAUGCGCUCGCCCGUGGACUAUGGCACCAGUGCUGGAGUGUGGGCACAGGACAAGUGGAAGGGCAAGUUUGAUGUUAACUGGCUCUUUGUCAAGGACGUGCCCAACAGCCAGCUACGGCACAUCCGUCUAGAGAACAACGACAAUAAGCCAGUCACCAACUCCCGGGACACACAGGAGGUGCCUCUGGAGAAGGCCAAGCAAGUGCUCAAAAUUAUUGCCACUUAUAAACAUACCACCUCCAUCUUCGAUGACUUCUCUCAUUAUGAGAAGCGGCAAGAGGAGGAGGAGGUGGUUCGCAAGAACUUUGAGCCAGCUCCCAUCCAGAACCGCUCACGCCUGGAUCAGGAACGCCAAAAUCGAAGACCCAAGAGCAGCAGUAUUUUUGCCCCGUUUUCCUGACUCUGCUAGCCAUGUUCUCCAGCAGGGGGCAUUCAAGUCUUGCUGCAUUCAAGGAAUUUAUCAGCCCGCUGGAGUUUUUCGUGACUAUGCUAGCACACAACACUUAAAAUAAAUAAAUAAAUAAAUAAAUUAGGUGUAAGAUGCUAUUUUUCAAAAAAGUAUUUUUUGCAUAUUAUUGUAAAAUCUGAAGUUGGAAACAAUAUUGGUUUAUUUUUUGAGGAAUUUAUGAAAAGUCUCCGACUGACCGUUCUCUGCUCGAACAAUGGAAGUUUAUCUUCAGUUUUUAAUCCAGAUCGCAGUUACAGUUUCAAUCUUUCCCUUUGCCAUUGUUGCUUAAUCUAUUCCAUAUUUAUCACUAAAAGCGCUAUACGUAUUUAAACUAAUCUGCGU